AUGGCAGAACGAGUGACCAAAAAACCAAAGUUAUCAGAUAACCUUUUAGAGCUAAAGUUUAUGCAACGUCAGACAACAAAACUUCUUGUUAAGGAAGCAGUAUCAAAAGCGAAUGAUAAAAGUUCUAAUAGUAAUUCUUCUAUAUUUGAAGAUGACAAUGUACAUUGGUUUGCUCAUUAUGAGGAUGUUGAAAUCGGGAAACCCAAGAUGAACGUAAAGUAUAUGCCAAGUUAUUUGUCCUUUACAAAUUCCGAAGUUAAAAAGGGAAGAAUGACUUUUGGUGCCAAAAAGGAACCAGAACCAGUACCAGGACAAUUGAUAAAAGUGACUAAUGGUAAUAAUAAUAAUAACAAUAGGAAAGGAUUGAAACGGGAAAGAAUGCCACCAGAAUGA